UGGCCUCCUCGCCUUGCAUUCCACCUUGAAAUCCACCGUUUCAACCUCUACAUCUUCCACCCACAAGCGGCUGCCCUCCACGGCGCCCUCACAUUCCCACCAAUUCCCCACGCCACCUCAACCCCGCGAAAAAUAAUACAGGAAGAUGUUCGGAUUCGGUCGUCUAGGACACAUCGCCUUUGAUCUGGUGAUCAUCUCCGCCUUGCUUGCCGGUGUCAAGAAGUCCACUGGAUAUACCCUCAAAAUGACCCUCUUCACCGACUCUGCCCUGCGCUCAUUCAUGGACUCGUAUCUCGCCAUGGGUGAAACCAUCUUUGGCAUGUUCAGCGGGUAUGCUGUCAACUCGAGAUACUUUAAGAGGGAGAUUGAGUAAUGGGUGGGGUGAAGAGGAAGAUGGGGGCCGCUGUUAUCCCUAGUGAUGAUAAGACGAAGGGACGAUGCUGGAUGCUUGCUUUGCUUUCUUGACUCUUGUGACUUGUUGUUGUAGGUACUUGCCAUAUAUGUGACUGGGGUGUCCCAUCUGACCCAGCAAUGACCCAUCGUGUAAUAUCUGG